GGCGGGGCGCGGCGGCGGGGGCGGGGCGGGGGGCGCGCGGCGGCGGCGGGGGCGGCGGUAGCGCCAUGUCGAUGGAGGACCCCUUCUUCGUGGUGAAGGGGGAGGUGCAGAAAGCUGUGAACACCGCCCAGGGGCUCUUCCAGAGGUGGACAGAGCUCUUGCAAGAUCCCUCCAUCGCCACAAGAGAAGAAAUCGACUGGACCACUAAUGAGCUCAGGAACAAUCUGCGGAGCAUCGAGUGGGACCUGGAAGACUUGGAUGAAACAAUUAGCAUUGUUGAGGCAAACCCACGGAAAUUCAACCUCGAUGCGACGGAGCUGGGUAUCAGGAAAGCCUUCAUCACGAGCACACGGCAGGUGGUCAGGGAAAUGAAGGAUCAGAUGUCAAACUCCUCCAUGCAAGCACUGGCUGAAAGAAAAAACAGGCAGGCACUCCUGGGAGAAAGCGGGAGUCAGAGUUGGAGCUCUGGACCUGACAAAUACAGCCGUCUGGACCGGGAGCUGCAAUUAGCAAAUUCACACUUCAUCGAGGAGCAGCAAGCUCAACAACAGUUGAUUGUGGAGCAGCAAGAUGAGCAGUUGGAGCUGGUCUCUGGCAGCAUUGGAGUGCUGAAGAACAUGUCCCAGCGCAUCGGUGGGGAGCUGGAGGAGCAAGCAGUGAUGCUGGAUGACUUCUCCCAUGAGUUAGACAGCACUCAGUCACGGCUUGAUAAUGUCAUGAAGAAGCUCGCCAAAGUGUCUCACAUGACAAGUGAUCGACGGCAGUGGUGUGCAAUUAUCGUCCUCUUCAUCAUCUUGCUGGUGGUGCUUAUCCUGUUUUUUGUCCUGUGAUGGACUGAACUUCCUCGGACACCCCCUCCCCGCCCCCUCGCCCCUGUAGCAUGGGGAAAUGAAACUCUCACCAUUUCCGUCCGCCCACAGAGAUCCCCAGCAAGAAAACCCACACCCAGCUCUUACCAUUCUCCUCCGAGGACCGUGGCUCAGCCAGCAUCUCACCUGGACCCGGGGAGAGGGGGCGGGGGACUGGAGCUGCCUCCUCCCCCGGUGCAGUGCGAUCUGGACCUGGGCUCCAGGUUUGGACCUUGGCAGCUGGAGGAGGACUUGACCCCUGCGCUUCCACCCCGUGCAGGUAGGAGCCGGUUGCAGCGGUCCCAAGCCGCCUGUGGUUGGAUGCGGACACAGAGCAACGAGCCCUGGGGAGGACGGGACAGGGGAGAGGAAUGAAUUCACUGAGCAUUACAAACCACAUCGCCAGCCCGCGGGUGCUCGCCAGCCAGAAACAUUACCGGGAGGAGCGGUGGUGUGAAACCCCACGCGGCCAUGGCGAGGGAGGGGAGUCCCGGCUGAACUCCCCCUGCCCCACGCUGCCUUCCCCCCAUGGGCUGGCUCCGUGCCGCCGACUUACCGCCGAGGUGCCACGGCGAGUCUGCAGCAGCACGUUCACAUCCACCACCCCUCGGCAGAAGCUUACGCGCAGGGUGUAGCACCCUGCCGUCGGCCAGCCCGGCACGGUUACAAACCCCAGAGCUUUAAACCUGGGCUGAUGCACACUGAAAGCUGGCGAACAACCGUUAGCUGGAGAGUGAGUUUCUUAAAAGCUUUUGAAAUUGCCUCCUUCGUUAUACAAGCCUCUAAAGCUCAUUGAUUGAUGCUUUCUUUGCCCUUGUAUAACUGAGUAACUGCUUCUGUUUAACAGCUGCUUCCCUUUGGCAAGUGAUUUGUCAGGUCUAAAAUAACUUAUUUUUUUUAAGAAAAAAAAAAACUUUGAAGAUUUUUUUUUAUGACCAUUCAAGCUACGUUCUCUCUGUGGGUGCACGACGUGCAUUAUCAGAGGAAUGGGGCUCAAUUAUGUAUUUUAAGUGCAUAUGAACUUGUAAAUAGGAUGUCUUAAUUUUUCCCAACCUCUGUUUUUUGGACACCUCCGUCAUAAGCAACCAAAAGGCAGGAGAUUCACAGCUAGGUCACAUUUCUGUAUUACUUCCCAGUCUUUUUGUUACCUUUGAGUUGUUUGUCGCUUGAGUUGUCUCAGCAGUGUCGGAUAGCCUAGUUGUCUCCCUCGUACAGUGAAUUAAGAGUUAGCCAGGAGUUCAAUACCAAAAUACGAUGAAGAAAGCUCACCCUGGCAGCAUCACUGGGGAGUAACGCAGACGGGGGUUUCGUGCUGUAAACGCCGAUUGCAGGGUAUGGGGUGGCUCUUCAGGAAAACAAAACCGAUUUCUUCCUGGCGUCUGCUCCCAUAUUUAAGUUGCAAACACCAAAAGACUUGGGACAGGCUGGCUUAUGCCUCCCAUCUGGGUCUCAGAUGGGGCUGGGGGAGGUGGUUAAUUGGUGCUGAUGCUAAGACUUCUGAAAUUGCAAAUCACCCCCGAAAAUCAUCCUCCCCAAGCAAAUCAUCCUCCCCAAGCGGGAAGCUCACCACCAGACAGCUUUACCUCCGGGAUGCUUAGCCCAGACUGAACACUCCUCCCCACCGGGUUUGUGGCUCCCUUCAAGCAGCUGUGUGACACCCCCCCUGCCCCCCCGACAGCCGGCGGCACCGUGUGCCGGAUGGGGUUUGGGGGUGUCUGUGAGACCGAGUUGCCCUGCCACAGCCUGCACGGGUGCUCUCAGCGUUAACACCCGCGUGCCCUUAGCACCAACCCGUGCUAAUUCUCUUUAUCCUUGCAGAGCACCUCGCUUCUUUUGGUUACGCUGCAAGAAAUACGCGGUGUCUCCUUUCCAAGGCUGGCUAUCGCGGUGUCUGUGUAGCUCCUUGGGUUUCAUACCUCUCCGAGAGCAGGUUCCCGGGAGCGUGAGUCCGAGCAGGGAGCAGGGAGCAGGGCUCGCUGUUGGCCGGUGUUUGCACACCUCUGAUCCCCGUCCUACUUUCGGCGUGGUUGUGCCUGCUCCGGGAGUGACUGCUGGCGCUCCGUGCGGGACCGCUCCUUUGUUAGAGGGCGGCCCAGCUGCUGGCAUCACCGCAAGCCACCAGACUGUCUUCAGUCACUUUUCUUGUGUACAUUUGCUUUUUCUGUUGGUGGUGGUGCCCCUCCCUUUAACAGUGAAUAAACGCAUUGCUGCUGUGUCACGCUGGGCAGCGGCAGAGAUCA